UCGUACAAAUUACGCUUCUCAUUCGUUUUGGCAUAAAAAAGCAAACAGCGAAGUUAAAGCUUGCUGUCUAAUUGUUGUGAAGUCACGCUUUGCCAUCAUCAGUUCCAUGAACAUGAAGGUGUUUCAGAAAUGAAUUUCCAUGGAAAAGUUGUUCGCCACGUUCAAUAAAAACAAAAGAAAGAAGACAGCGAAGACCAAGAACAAAAGCCGCAGAUGUAGUAGCUCCACAGAUGCUCAUUGAACACCUGCUCCUCUCUGCUGCCUCCUCAGCCAGCAGUCAUGUCCAUUGAAUACACCAUUGAUGUCCAGCUAACAGAGUUGGGAUUUACGGACAUCCUGCACCCGCGGGGGACCCCUGUUAGAGAAGCACCCUGUGGCUCUACAUCUGACGACUUAUUCCCACCCAGUAACCCUGUCACUUCACUUCCAACCACAGGCAAGCGAAGGCUGCUGCUCCGAGGCCAGCAGUCCGCCGAUGCUAAGCAUGCAGAUACAGCAAAGCAGACCUCAAAUGUUGAACAAACCACAGUAGUUUCUACGUCACUUCUGUCAGAGACAAUACCUCGUUGUAAACCCUUAAAUCCUGCGCAAAGUCUUCGAUAUGAGCAAGCUUACAAAGGCACAGCACUUGUUGAACCGUCAGGGCCCGCAGGGAACAAUCCAGCUGACCCUCGGCCGCUUGUAAUUGAAUGGGAUGACAGUACAAAGAAAGAUGUUGGUGAUGGAGGCGCUGCACCAGAGGAUUCAACAGAGGUGCAGCAGGGUGUGGAGGAUGACUCCGAUGACAGCGAGGUGUCAGAGAUGUUCGAGGAAGAAGAGAUCGAUGAGGAGGAGGAUGACGUGGAUGAGGAAGAAGAGGAGUCGAGUAAUUCAGGCGACUACCGCUGCAGUGUCUGUGAUCUCCAGCUACCCUCCAAAUUCAAGCUCCAGGACCACAUGAAUCUGCACACCGGAGCACGCCCAUACUGCUGUGCCGAAUGUGGAAAGCGCUUCUGCCAGAUUAAAAGCUACCGAGUCCACCUGCGCACGCACGCCCAGAGCAAAGCGGCUCGUCUCCUGUGCCGUGUCUGCCUGAUGGACUUCCCGUCACAGGAAGAUCUGGACCACCACUUGUCAAGAACUCAUUUUGAGAAAGAGUUUUACGAGUGUGACCUGUGCAAACGUGUGUUUACGUCUCUGCAGGCGUGUGAGCAUCACGUGCAGUCACACAAAUGCAUGCUGAAUGUUGUGUGUGAAGCAUGUGGCCGCAGUUUCUCUUCUCCGAGAUCCCUCGCGCGCCACCGCAAGAGGAUGUGCUAUUGCAACUUUAAAUGCACAGACUGCACAAAGACCUUUACUAAGAAGAAUGCUCUCCUGAAACACAGCUUCUCCCAUCUCGGUUUGUUGCCUUACACCUGUAUACGAUGCCGUUGCCACUUCCGCCUGGCAAAGCUGUACCGCAAACACAAGUGUGAACCCGAGCGCAUUCACUGCGUGGCGUGUCUGAGAGAGUUUCUCAGUCAGGACGACUUCCAGCAGCACAAAAAGGACACAGGCUGCUGGGGAAACCAGGAGCCCAAAGGGGGCGAGAUCAGAUGUUUGGAGUGUGGACAGAGAUUUGACACUGUGGAGGAGCUGAAGAAACAUUUCGGGGCUCACCAGCGGGUGCUGAAAUGUGCUGAGUGUGGAAAGGGGUUCCGCUCGGCCUUGCUGUUAAUGUCCCACAUGGGCGGUCAUGCCGGCAAUUCGCCCUGCCUUUGUCAGAGCUGUGGACUGGGCUUUCCCCACCAGCAGAACUAUGACAGCCACCUUAAGACCUGUGGACAAACACCCCAGCCUGCGAGUGCUCCCAAAAAACGGCAGGCCUCAAAGAGAUCUUCCUCCGAGAUGAAAAAGCUCAAUGCAAAACCUGACUCAUCAGAACCAACAAAGACAGACACUGCUCCACCCACACCAGUGAAUGAUUCCAGUAGUCCAGAACCUGUGACAGUGGGUGUGUCUGAUGGCUCUGGUCCACCAGAUGGAUCAUGGAAGCUAACCCUCGACAAAGAGCCACCUGUAGGUGCUAAUCUUGUCUUGUUUCUUCCCAUCAGUCCAACUCAAAGCAACAACCUGACCCUCCCAUCUGUGGUCUCUCCAACACUACUGGGUCCUGCUACGCAGGUCCAGUCUCAACACCUUGGAAUGAAUGCUGCUCAUGCAGCGCUGCUAAAUACCCCCCUGGAUUUGGUUACCAGGAUUAAACAGGAUCCAGAAUGUGUGACGCCUCUGGAUUUGUCUCUGAAGCGUGACUCAUCUAAGUCUGCUCAGCACGACGUUCUUCCUGUUCCUAUUAAAAGUGAGCCCGAAGAAUUUGAAAUCUCAGGAGAGGCUGAUAGCACCGAAAGACAAGAAUUUAAAAACGGUGACAGCAAAGCGAUUGUUAAACCAAACCCUGGAGAGACAGAUACAUAUGCUGAAGUGAAGAGGUGUAAAAUGGAUCCCAUGGAUCUCUCCCCUCUUAAUGUUAAUACACCAUCCUCUGGAAUGAUAGACAUCAAGAAUGAGCCUCACUCUCCUGGUCUUGAUUUUGAUUCAUCCAGCAAAGACAUCAAGAUGGACGUUGACGUUUGAAGCUCUGCUCAUGACGAUACAGAGAAGUGAACGUGACAUUUUCAAUGAGGGCAAAAUAAAAAAAGAUAAUAAUAUUCCAUCCGUGGUCACAUUCCCAAUGAAGGAUGUGUCUAAAUCCUGCAAAGCACACACCUUCUGUUUUGCUGUACAUGUAAAGAUGUAAACCAAAUAUGGAGGUGUUAUUCCACAGCCAGAAUGAUAUACUAUUCUGUGUCGUAUGUAAUAUUUCUGUCCAAUCAUUACAUCUAUCAUCAUACCCAUAGUAUAAGACAAAGCAUUUUUUCUACUUUUCUACUUACUACCAAAACUGAAACAUCCUGAUGGGCCACAGGUCAAAUACAAAUAGCUAUUGUAUUAAGUUGCAAAAUGGUCUUGGGAUCCCCCUUUAAUUGAUUGGCUUAAUUCUGGCUGCCAUGCUCACAUGAUGAAAAUAAUUUAUAAUCAGGGAUCCUACAUGUUUAAAGAGCAUUGUACCUGACAGAAAUAAAACAGCACAAACAGUGAUUUCUAUUAUACAUUUUUAAUUAUAAGUUUCUUUCCCCUGCUAGACACAUCUGGCGGGCCAAACAUUCCAAGCUCUUGCUGCUUAUGACAUUUGUCUUACUUGUAUUUGGGUUGGAGCUCGUGGCUUGGGCCACCGGAGCAAAGUGGUACUGCAAUAGUCAUGAUGCCUAUGCAAUAUUGUGCAGGAUUUGUCACAUCUUUAAAACCUGUUCCAGAUUUCUACAUUUAUGCACUGGUUUUUGUGUGGGGAAACAGAAUUUGUAGGGUUAUUAAUAUGUUAUUAAGUUGAAAAAAACACUGGAUUUCCUGGUAUUGAGGGAAAACUUAAAAUAUGUGCAUUUUGGUUAUAAUGACUUGACUUUUUGUACAUAAUGCAGUAAUGCAGUUACAUCAUGGUACUGAUCAAUAAUUUGACAUUCUGUCACAUUGUGAUUUACAUUUGCUGAAUCUUUAAAUUCAAAUAAACAUUUGUUCUUGAUACA